UUUAAGGACACACAGCUGGAUGCAGGUCCAGGUCCAGGUCCAGGCAUAGAUCUAGGUCUUAGUCCAGGUCCAGGUCCAGGUCCAGGUGGAUUCCUGUGAAUGAUGAUGCAGCAGUGAUGUGAUGCUGAGCUCUGACAUGCACCAGAGUCCUGGACAGUUAGAGAUGCUGGUCUCACCUCUGAGCUUUGCUCUGGUUCUCCUGUUCCCCACACAGAGAGCUUUUAGAGGGAGGGACUCCCUCCUCUCUGUCCUCACACUCAUCCAUGCUGCUCAACUCACAGCAGCUCACACACACUUUCUACCUUCACCUGCACAGGAAACAAACAUCAUUGAUCCACUCAAAUCCUCCUGGAAAAGAUCAGCUGCUGCACUUCUACUAUCAGUCCAGCAGAUGGAGUCAUGGAGCUGCAGAGGCUCACAGAGAAACCGAAAGUAAAAAAGACGACGCAGUUUGUAUUCUGAAGAAACAAAGAAACAUCAGCAGCUGAUCAAACUGACUGAAGUCAAUCAAUAAUCUAAUAUAAAUAUUGACUGAUUACAGUAAAUCAAUAACCUAAGAAUCUUAUUGAUGGAUGUUUAAACAGCAGUGAUCCAAAGUUUGUGGUGAAAUAAGAAGUGAACAUGUAGAAACAUCACAGAGCAGAAACAAACAGCAAAAUUACUGAAGUUAAAGCAGCAAACAAAGCAAACUUACACUUUAUUCAAAGCGCUGAAGAAGAAGAAGAAAGUUUCCAGUUGACACCUGAACACUCAGAUAGGUGAUCUGUUUCCUGGAACCAGUCAGGACUCCACCUAUGAGGAAGCAGCAGGCAGACUUUCACAAUAAGAGCACAUUUUACAGGCUGAUUCUGACCACAGACUGUAGAGUAACGAUGACAUAGCUGCUGUUAUCCGUUACUACUGUCAUUUAGCUGCUGCUGCUAACAACAUUAGCCUCCAUAGAGGAGAUAAACUCUACAUCUCAGUAACUGGGUGGACUCUUCUCCACAUCUGGACAUCAUCACAUCUAAAGCAGUGACCUACGUUACUGUAGCAGAAGUUACUCAGGUGAAAUGUUGCCACAGCAACAACAACAACAAACACCCUGGAUGAAACCCGGUAACAAGGACUGAACACACAGCAGGGUUUAACUCAUCAUGCAGGAUCCUCCUCUGUCCAGACUGAGUCGAGGUUGUGGUCGUCUGGUUUCAUCCAACGGACGUCUGGACGUCUGCUUCACUCCUCAGCAGGAUUACUACAUCUGGAGGGAUCAGGAUUCUCUACUGCGUUUGUCCAACAGUCUGAUGGGAACAGAAUCAACGCUUCCAAAGACGUACAGUACUAGAAGAGGAGCUCUACUGCUGUACUCACAGCAUUUGGUUUCGAUGGAAAGCAGCCGUCGUCCAGGAAACAGAAACAGGAAGCAGAGAGCAGCUCGGAGAUGCUGUCAGCAGGUGGAGCAGCAACUGAGCAUGCUCAAAGACCCGACGGCAGCCGUUUUGAACCACAGCAGCAACCAGUUCUUCUCCUCCAGGCCUCCAGUCCUUCCUCCUCUGAACCUCCCUGCAGCCUCCAGAACCCUGAACACCAAACAUCAGCAGCUCGGUCCAGAGAGAAACACCAAACAACCAGAGAACCAGUCUGAAGAUAAAGAUGGUCAGCUGAGCACCAGAAGGAGAGUCAGGCUGGACCUGGACCUCCAGAUACCCAGGACCUCCAGGACCCCCAGGACCUCUGGGACUCCAACCCCACAGAUGGAGCCUCAUCCCUGUGGACAGCCUGUAGGUUUGACCCCCGAGGAACCAGAGAGGCCCCAGAUUAGCAUCAACAUGAAGCAUCACAGUACAGGAGAGCUUCAUGAUCGAAACAAGAACAACACUGGUCACCAAGCAGCUGAUGGAGGCCGUCAAGAUGAUAGAGGAAGCUGUGGAAGAUCUAUGAGUGGAAGCAGAUGUGGCAGGACAAUCAGACGUGCAGCAGAGCAGCCGUCAAACUCUGAAUUUGAACCAAACUCUACCUCAGGUCUGGUCCUUCCUCCUCUGAAUGCUGGAUCCUGCAGACAGAACUCAGUUAUGUCCACAUUGGAAGUCGUGGGUGCUAAUGGACAUCCUUCCACAGAGAUUCAGACUGUUGGAUCUGGACAUCAGGACGAUCAACCUCAGACAGGAGAAGCUGAGAUUCUCCUCCAAGAAAAUCCAAAAAGAUGCAAUCAGCAGCCUCACUUUCUACCUCUGCUGUUUCCUGGGAGGGAUGAAGAUCUGAGUGGCGACAAACAAAGAGAAGGAAAAGUAAAACCAGAGAAACGACGUGUUAAAACCGAGGCAGCAGAGCGACGACGAGGACGAUGGUUUUCUUCUGACGGAGGUUCUGUGGUUCUGCUGCAGCCAGGAGAUGAUUCUUGUCUUCCACCAGAACCGUCUGGUUCUGUUGCAGGACGUAGAGGUCCGGGAAGACAGAGCUCUCUGGCUUUCUUACAGAACCUCCAGAACCUCUGUGAACCCAGCGACACUAACAGAGAUGUGGUGAAGGGAGUCCUGCCACUACAGCUCAGAGAUGUUCAGAGCAGCAGGUCUGUGGGCAGCUUGAUUCUGGGUCCUGAUGGGGAAAUAAUCCGACUGUCUCUGUUCAACAACAACCAGGACCAGACUGAAGCCCUGCAGGUGGUUUCUACAGAUGGACAGGAGUUCCCCUGGUUCAUCCUGCUGCAGCCUCAACACACACUCCCAGAAGCCGAGGAGGAGCUGAACACAGAUGAUCCUGUAGGCGACAUCCAGCAGCAUCAGUCCGUCCAGAAGCAGCUCUUGGAUGUUCUUGGAUCACCUGAGAUGGACUCAUCCAGCAGCUGCACUGACUCAGGUACAAACUCUGCUGUUGCUUUCAUCAGAAAUAAGUCAAAUUUAAAUCCAAGAGAGAACAAUAAUGGCAGCGAUGGGAAGAAUCUACUGAUGGAACAAAGAGGAGGAAACACUGAGGAAGAAGAAGAUGAUGAAGAGGAGCAGAGCAGCUCAGAACACAGCAGCCAUUUACCUGCAUCACCUGGAUCAGGUCAGAUCAUGAACUUUCCUGAAGCAGCAGCAGAAGAAGAAGAAAAACCACCUGUGGACCAAACCAAGAAGAGGCAGAACCCUGAGAACGUUGCAGUGGCCACAGGGAAAAAGAAUGCAAAAAUGGUGAAGAGUGCAGAAUCAGACAAACAGAAGACGAGGAGGAAAGAAAAAAGAAAACAAAAGACAGAAAGUGAUGAUCAGUCGAAACAAGAAGAGACAACGAACCAAGAAGAAGAAACUCUGGAUCGCUCUGUUCUUCCAUCUGUGAAAAAGAAGAUGAGAGAAGGUCUGAGAGGAGAUCUGAAGAUGAAGGAGGAGGAAGAAGAGUCUGCUGAGAGGAGGAAGAGGAGGCUGAGGAGGAGAGAAAGGUCAACAGAGCUACAUGUUGUAAUUCCUGAAGCUGCCCCACAAAAAGAGGAUCCUAAAGCGACGUCUGACUUCAAAAGUUCUUCAGCAACAAAACACGAAAACACAAACUCAGAGAAGCUCAGUGAUCUUUCAGCCAAUCACAGCAUCCCAAACAACCCCAGCAACGUCCAAUCAGCUCGCUCGCUCAGGUCUGUGUCCAAUCAGAGGAGCUUGAGGAGGUCAGCAGCCUCCUCCUGUGAUUGGCCGACGGCGGCCGCUGGAGUGACAUCAUCACACGGCCGACUUUCAUCGUGUUCCACCGUCAUGGUAAUGGAGGAACAGCUGAUGUUGAACCCAGUGAAGCCAGAGUCGUCCAGAUUCAGACAGAGUCAGGAGAUGAAGAUGGAGGAAGAGGAGAUGAAGAUGAAGAUGGAGGUAGAAGAUGCUGCAGCUCUUCAUCUGUCCCAGCAAGCAGAAAGAAAAAGGCAGGAGGUGGAGAGGAAGAGGAGGGAAAAGGAGGAAGAGGAGAGGAAGAGGAGGGAAGAGGAGGAAGAGGAGAGGAAGAGGAGGGAAGAGGAGGAAGAGGAGAGGAAGAGGAGGGAAGAGGAGGAAGAGGAGAGGAAGAGGAGGGAAAAGGAGGAAGAGGAGAGGAAGAGGAGGGAAGAGGAGGAGAGGAAGCAGCAGAUGGAGGAGAGGAUGAAGAUGGAGCUGCAGGAGGAGAGGAAGAGGAGAACCGAGGAGCUGAGACUGAAGAAGCUGGAGGAGGAGGAGGAGGAGAGGAGGAGGAAGAUGGAAGAGGAGCAGCAUCGAGUAAGAAGAGAGGAGGAGCAGAGAGGAAGAGAGAGGAGGAGGCAGGAGGAGAAGAAGAGGAAGAUGGAGAGACUGAAGAGGAUGAGAGAGGAGGAGGAGCAGAGGAGGAGAGCUGCUGUGGAACGUCUGCAGCUGGAGAACCAGAAGCUCCAGGAGAUGGAUGAAGACCAGAGGAUGGAUUAUCUCCAUCAGAAGGAGGAAGAGGAGGAGGAGGUCAGGAGGAAACGAGAGGAGAGACGACUGGAGCAGGAACUGAUCAGCAGACAGGUGGCGCUGUUGCAGCAGCAGUCGGCCUUUAAACGGGGUCUCCUGUUGGAGGCUGGAGGUCUGCAGAAAACUCAGAGCGUCUCCAGGCCGUGGAUCUACUCGUACUUCGCUCUGAUGCAGCUGCUGGGUCUGAAAAGCUGAAACCUCCAACUGCUGUUUCAUAAAAUGAUGUUAAACUUCCUGAAACUCAGUCAACAGCUGGAGGAGAGAAAAACAUGGAGCCUGAAAAUAAACAUUAAUAAACAGAAA